AUCGCAAUCCAGUGCUUCUCAGUAAUUGCAUUUGCAGCAGCUAGCUAGAUAGCCAUGGCCUCUUCGUCUCUAUCACUUGUGUUGCUCUUGUGCCUUGCCGCGGCCGCGUCGGCGCAGCUGUCGACGACGUUCUACGACUCGUCGUGCCCCAAGGCUCUGUCCACCAUCAAGGACGCCGUGACGGCCGCCGUGAACAAGGAGAACCGCAUGGGGGCGUCACUGCUCCGGCUGCACUUCCAUGACUGCUUUGUUCAAGGUUGUGACGCGUCCGUUCUCCUGUCCGGCAACGAGCAGAAUGCUUUCCCCAACGUCAAAUCGCUUCGAGGCUUCGAGGUCAUCGACAGCAUCAAGGCGAAGCUGGAGACCCUCUGCAAGCAGACCGUCUCCUGCGCCGACAUCCUCUCCGUCGCCGCCCGGGACUCCGUGGUUGCCUUGGGAGGACCGACGUGGACGGUCGGUCUAGGGAGGAGGGACUCCACCACUGCAAACGAGGCCCUGGCCAACAGCGCCCUGCCCGCUCCAUCCUCAGACAUCGUCAACCUCACCGACGCCUUCGGCCCCAAGGGCUUCUCCCUCACCGACAUCGUGGCCCUCUCCGGCGCGCACACCAUCGGCCAGGCGCAGUGCCAGAACUUCAGGGACAGGCUCUACAACGAGACCAACAUCAACUCCGGCCUCGCCACCUCGCUCAAGGCCAACUGCCCGCGGGCGACCGGCUCAGGCGACAACAACCUCACUACUGUACGGUCUAUGUUUAGGGGCACUUCAAAGUGCCCCAAUAGGUAG